GGGAUCCUUCUCAUCCUGAUGUGCACCUCCUUGACCCUGUUUUGAAAUGCAGAUCAGGGUAGGAGCUGUGCUGUGUCAGCUCAUAGCCCUAUCCUCCUCUAGCUGAGUCCUGCUAGGAAAAGCAGGAGGUCCCUGGACCUUGGAGCUGGGCUUCCUGCCACUAAGGGGAUAGGAAGCGCUGGGCAUGUUGGUGCAUGCUUUUAGUCCCAGCACUCAGGAGGCAGAGGCAGGCAGCUGACCUACAUGAGUUGGAAGCCAGCCAGGUCUACAAAGUGAGUUUCAGGACAGACAGGGCUACACAGAGAAACCUUGUCUCAGAAAAACAAUCCAAAACAAAAAAGUGGGAUAGGAGGCAGGGAGCUGCCUUGGGAGUAGAUACUAUGUACAUGGGAAGGCUACAGAACAGUGAAAAUACAAUGGAGUAAAAAAUGUGUUUGAGUGACAUCAAGCACAAGGCAGGUUUUUUUUUCAAUUAGUGCUUGUGGCAGGACUCCUCUCUGGAGUCUUUUCCUGCUUCUCUUCUUCAGUGUUGGUUGUUGGGGGUAGGUACCCCUCUGUAGAACCCUGCAUUGUCCCUUCUGAUUGACUGUGCAGAAGACGAUGGGAGGUCCACUAGUAGGAGCUCACCUAUGGUGGUCUAUAAGAGGAGUAGGUGGCCAGGUUCUUAGGGGCUGUUAAGGGUGGAGGGACCCUUGAGUCCUGAUGGGCACCUUAUCAGCAAGUGCCAGACAAGAACAGACCUUGGGUGAGCCCUGUUAUCAGUCCCAGAGUCCACAGGACACACUUGGAUUAAUGUGUAACCUUACAAGGCUUCCCCUCUGCCCUCUGAAGCCACUGGUUCCUAAAUAGACACCAUUCAACAUGGAUGCUAGAAAAGAGGGGCUGCUUCUGAAGACACUCUUCUCAGACCAACACCCACAGGUCCGCAAGUGGCUGGUCCCCUUCAUCCUUGCCUGCUCCUUCUACUUCCUACUCUGGAUUCCUGAGGACCAACCGUCCUGGGUCAGUGCCCUGGUCAAGUGCCUGCCCAUCCUCUGCCUGGUUGUGUUCCUGUGGGCUGUGACCCCUGGUAGGAGCUCCUCCUGGCUCCUCCAAGGAGCUCUUGUGUGUUCUGCUGUGGGCGAUGCCUGCCUCAUCUGGCCUGAAGCUUUCCUUUAUGGCAUGGCUGCCUUCUCUGCUGCCCACUUAUUCUACCUCCGGGCCUUUGGCCUGUCCCCUCUGCAGCCCGGAUUGCUGCUGUACAUCAUGUUGGCCUCUCUCAUAUACUGCAGCUUCCUCUUGCCACACCUUGAGCCGGACAUGGUCCUUCCUGUGUUGGCCUAUGGGCUGAUCCUGAGCUCCAUGCUGUGGCGCAGCCUUGUCAGGGGUGGGAGUGCUGGCUGGGGUGGUGUGCUCUUCACAAUCUCCGAUGGUGUGCUGGCCUGGAACGCUUUCAUUCGUUCCUUACCUUUUGCUCGUCAUGUGAUCAUGACCACCUACUAUGCAGCCCAGCUCCUUCUCAUCCUGUCAGGCCUUAGGAACCCAGGGCUCAAAACCCACUAAUGCAGAA